AGAAGUUCGCCUCCGUGGCGGUUAGAUGUGGUUCUUGUAAUUGUACGCAUAUUUUUUGAUCGUGGGCACUGCGUAUGCGUUGUCCCUGUUUUUCUUUUACCUUCAUAUUAUUGGAAAAUGGCGUAUGGACAAAGCUGAAUGCAGCCCGGAGCCAGCAAAGGACUACUACUAUUACACCUGGGAAGAAAAACAGAAAGCAGGAAGGCAGUAGCCAAGAGAGUGACAGAGAGAAAAACCUCUGGUUAUGUCGAAUGUGCUCCGAAUAUUUCGUAUGGAUAUAAAGUAUAUGUAUCGAAUGUAUAAUUUCGAGGCGACGAAUUUGUGAAAAUAUUAUCAAUCAUUACAAACAAUUCAACGAACGGAAACACGAUGUCAUUACAUUUACGUUCCUUUUUGGGAAUAUUAUAUAGGACACAUAGGAAGAAUUUCAGUACUGCAACUAAGGUAAAGGAUGAGCAAAUGAAUCAAGUAUGCUCAUUCCGUACAAUUGAAAACAAUCCAAUUAAUCAUAAUAAGGAGCAUAUUGGUAAAUUUUAUAAAAUACCAAUAGAGCAGGCGAUUCAAUGCAAUGGUUUUCCUAAAAGAUUUGUGAGACAAGCUGUCACUUUCCAAGAAUACGCAGUAAUGGUUAGAGAACCAGCAGUAGAAAUUAUGUCAUAUCUCAAUCAGAUAGAUUAUACACGCCCUGUUAAUAAAUAUAUUCUAUAUGGAAAAAUAGGAACAGGAAAAAGUAUCACAUUAUGUCAUGUAUUACACUAUGCUUUUACACAGAAAUAUAUAACAGUUCAUAUACCAUGGGUUCCUCACUGGUUCCGCAAUAUGAAAGAAGUUGCAAACUCAGCAUUGUUACCUGGUUAUCUGGAUCUGCCUAUUGAUGCUGGAUUAUGGUUAAAACAUUUUAAAGUACAAAAUAUAAACUUGCUGACGCAAUUAGACCUCAAAGUAUCCACAGAUUAUACAUGGAAUCAGCGUGAGAUGACUCCACAAGGAACAUCCAUCUUGGAGCUCCUUGACUUCGGUUUAAACCGCAUGAAAUAUGCCUGUGGUGUGAUAGAUGUAUUAAUAAAAGAAUUAAAGCUUGCUAGUACUGCAGGAAAGUGUAAGACGAUUGUCGUGAUUGAUGGUUUCAAUGCGUUUACAAUGGAUAAGACAUAUAUUCGCGAUGAUAACAAAGCGUUAGUACCACCCAACAAGGUUUCCUUAACGAUAUCAUUCCUGAAUAUUACGAAGAGUGAUUGGUGUAAUGGUGCAGUCGUAUUGACGGUAGAUAAGCACGCAAAUCAGUCUGAAGGUUCAGAUCUUCCUAGAUAUUUGCUUGGUAAGGAAGGCUUCGAACAUUUGGAUCCUUUUAUACCCAUUUUAGUUGAUGACUACAACACCGCGGAGUUUGAUUCCAUGAUCGAAUAUUACAAAGAACGCAAAUGGAUCAGGAACAUAACGCCUGAAGGUCAAAAAGAAUUAGAACUAAUUACUAAUAGAAAUCCCUUAACUUUAAUGCUGCAAUGUAACUUUUUAUAAGCAAAAAUGUAUAUCAGUGGUAUCUGCAAUAAAAUUUCUUGAGUUUUAUCUUUUAA